CUCAGGCUCUAUCAUGCCACAUCAUGUGGCAAACUAUUUGCCACAAUAUCUACCCUUUCAGCAUUCUGUGGAUAUGUUAUUUCAAGCUGACUCUUUAAAAGGAAUGAUCAGUGGCAGCUUGGAGCACCUUUUUUAACUGGUCAUUUGUUAAGGAUCAGAGAAUUGGAAGGCUUUUGCUGAAAUUUCUUAUCUGUGUUCUAUCUACUCUCUCUCUAUAUUUUUUUUAGAUGUUUACUUUACAGUGACAUACUUGGUGACAGCUAAUGCAUCAGUGUAAAAUAUGAGCCUUUAAAGUCUGUUCAAAGAUAGCUGUUUAUAUUGAACUUUUUCAGGGAUUGUAUGCGAUUUGGCAGUCAUGACAUACUUUUUAUACACAGUAUCCAUUGUAUCAUUGUUGGCACCAGUCAUGACAGUAUACCAACAUGCCUUUCAGACUUGUCUCCACCUGGGUGAAGUCCUUGUGCAGAAAUACAGCAUGGAGAAAGCAGAGAAACCUUCAGAUGAAGGAGAGGAAGGUGUGCAGAAAUGAAAGCAGGACAGGAGAGAACAGCUACCAUCACAAUGUUUAAGCAAGGUGACCCCCUUAGGCUCUAUUUGAGCAAAGGGCCUGAGAGGUACAGUAAUGGGAUUGUGAUUAAAGCUGUAUCCAGUGUCAUAUUUAAAAAUCCAGAGAAAUGUGUGUGUGUGUGUGUUGGGAAACCUGUUGCAGCAGGUCUCUCUCUCCCAUGGCUGUGUGGCUCCGGUAGUUUGGCUCUGAGCCAGAGGGAGAGAUAUCUAUUAACACUGUUUCAGCUGAAACUUCAUCAUUUAGCACAGUGACUUAGAGUAGAGAGUUAAGCAAAAAGAGAGAAAGAAGGACAAGACAAGAGUCCUCCCUGAGCCGCUUUAAGGGGGCGUUUAUGUUUGUGGGUGUGUGGGUGUGCUUAUGAAUGACACGCUUAUUAUGGGAUGCAGUGUUUGAAAGUCUGAAUGGAAGAAGACCUGAGGAGGGCAUUCACUAAAUAUAAGUCAAAAGGAGGAAACUUCAUGUCACACAAAAGGGCACAGGAAGGGCAAACCCACUGGCUCUUACUGUAAGUCAACGGAGACAGCGGUUCCAGUAACUCACCUGUGGACACGUGUCUUUCUUGUUCUGUGUAUCAGGGUUGCUCUCACUAGGGACAGAUGUCUAUAAAUCCAGGAUCUUUCUCACCUGCAGUCAGCGGCAGCCCACCACAAAGCGUUCAGACUGCACUGCUGGAAUCGACCAGCUUGCAAAUGCCACUCUCACAGUGUCUGAAAUCCAGCAGUGCACAAGCCUCUGUCACCAGCUCUCAGAGAGACAGCAUCAUCUACAGGCUGAAGAGUGGAGCUGCAGAACGCUUCAGGAGGCACAGUGUGGAUGGGAGCUGUGCGGAUCUGGAGUCCGAAUCAAGCAAAGACAAGCGAUUUCACCCUUACGGGAGGCAGUACAGCGAUGGAGAAGUCACUGGAUCUUCGCUGUAUUGCUGCCUCAGGGAGAGUAAACUACCCGAAUCGCUCACUCCAGUUAAUGUUGACAUUGAAGAGCAGAAUAGCUGGACUUCACUCAGCACCACUGUACAGUCCUCCAUGUUUAUGGGAGCUGAGGAGAGCACUGAUCAGAUGCAGAACAGGCCUGAAGAUCCACCUAGUUACUCCACGUCUACUCACAGUGCAUACAGCACCAUCAGCCCCCUGCACCAACAGUUUCCUGCCGAAUAUUCAUCGGGAGGAAUAGAAAUCAGCUCACGCUAUUCUUACCAAAGCCUCUCCCCACAAACCAGUCGAGAUGGUUCAGUCCAGCCGCAAUACCCCAAACCCAUCUACUCCUAUAGCAUUCUUAUUUUCAUGGCUCUGAGGAACAGCAGGACUGGUAGCCUGCCUGUUAGUGAGAUCUACAGUUUCAUGACAGAGCACUUCCCUUACUUCAAGACAGCACCUGAUGGCUGGAAGAACUCCAUUCGUCACAACCUCUCCUUGAACAAGUGCUUUGAGAAAGUUGAGAACAAGAAGGGGAACUCGUCACGGAAGGGCUGCCUGUGGGCGCUCAACCCAGCCAAAGUGGAGAAGAUGCAAGAAGAGCUGCAGAAGUGGAGGAGGAAGGAUCCUGUGACAGUACGAAGGAGCAUGGCCAGACCAGAAUUACUGGAUCAUCUUCUGGGUGAUAGACCAGAGAAGCCCAGGUCCAUCUCUGCCCAACUCAACAACCACACACACAAUCAGUUCCCCAGAGUCAGCCUUCCUCCUCCAUACACUCCCACGACUCACCAAAGACGACCAUAUUACAGUUAUUACAGUUUACCAUCACAAACUGCCUCCCAGCAGCUCCCUUACCUGCCCUCUAGUCCCCAAGGCUUCUCAUUCUACCCCUCCAUCCCCCAGCAGCCCAGCACACAGUUGCCACCUAGGACUGGCAGCCUGGACUCACCUUUACCUGCACACACACCACCGAGCUACAGCGCUGCUCUACAGGCCAGCCACAGUGCUUUGGGAAGCAUGCAGGAGCUCCUCAUGGAGGGGGACCUGAGUAACGACAUAGACAUGCUCAAUCCAAGCCUAACAGACCUGCAACUUCAUGGUUGUCUCUGGGAGGAGCUUAGGAAUGACAGUUUGGCUUCAGAUCCGCUGACUCUCAUGGACAUGUCCAGCACAUCUGAGCAACUCAGCCCUGAUCAUGUCGGGGAUUGUGGGAAGGGCUGUGGCUCAGGGGGUGAGCAGGUGAACACAGCUGGAUCAGAAGCAGCGCUGCAGGCGAGUGUUUCUGACCUUUACGUCACUGGACUGUGUUCGAGCGACUUCACCGGCACAGACAGCAUGUCAGGUCUCCAUUCCACGGUGACAAACACUCCGAUCGCUCUGCUCUGAAGUGUUGUUUUACAUGACAAAAACCUGCUCUACACUAAACAUCAUAUUCAGUGAAAUUGUAUGCUGAUAAACUGUUGGACUCAACAUCUGGAUUUCAGUUUUAAGAUUUUUUUUAAAAAACAUUUUUUGCAUAUAACCAGUUAGAAUACCAGUUAAAUAUGGCAAUGCAUUAACUAAAUGUUGUGUGAAAUAAAGCUUUUUCAGAGCGUCAUUGAACGUGCCGUUUAAUUUAUCAUUAGUUGUAGUCGACGUAAGUAAAAGAUAUUAGUUAUGCUCUUGCAAGCUUUUUGCACCGUCUUAAUUGUCUAUGAUGGGUUUCAUCUCUUGUCUAAGAGCAGACAUUUCUGCGGAACCGUCAAACCAGUCUAUAUCAAAUAAGCCAUAAGCCAUUCUCACCUGUCAGUCAUGCCCUACUUGGUACAUUGCUUUCCCUCUAGACAUGCCAGCUGUGUUGAUAAUCCAGAUAUCAUUUUAUCUCCUGUAUUUGAAGUUCCACUUUAUUGCACUGGGGGUCAGUAAAGAGCUCCUUUAAUAUGGCACCGCUGCCAAAUCACUCGCAGCAGCACAGCAUGUACCAACAGUGUGCAUGUCAACAACAGCAGAACGAACUGUGGGUUCUCAUAUAUUUUAUGAGUAGAUGCCUUUAGGAUACCUCAUGAGGAAACGGUGUGGUGUUUUUAAUAGCAAAUCACAUCAAUCUAUUGUGCAAGAGCUAUUAA